CGGGAAUCGACUUUCAUCGAAGCAAAUUUGAAAAAAAAACUUUGGAUUUAAAAUGAAGAUUCCGAUUCAAUACAUUCUUCUUAUGUUUAUUGAGGCAUUUCCCUUGAUUAAAGGUGAGAAAUGCUGGAUGCCUAUGGUUUGUGACGGAAAACCUACUUGGAAAAACGUUACGGAAGGACCGUGCACAAAAGAAGAAGAGAAGGCUUUGGAAGAUUUAACGGAAAAGUUAGACGAAAUGGAAAGUAAGCUCUUUAAAAUGAAAAAGACGAUGGAAAAAUCAGAGACAAACUCAGUGCCGCCCUCUGUUGUAAAUGUCAAGGAAACGACUACGCCCUCUGCUGUAGGUGUCAAGGGAACGACCACUCCCCAGGUCGAUCUUACAUGUGAUUUUGAGUCUUCAACCAACCCUACAUGCGGCUACACGAGAGUUAAUGGAACAUUUCAGAGAGAAUACAGAGAUGAUGAAGUUACAGGUUACGUACUUGCUGGUAAUGGUACAAUCAGAUCUUUACCCAAGACUUUGGCUGGCAAUGAGGAACUAUGCAUGAGUGUCGACAUAAAAGGGACAUCUGACGGAGAACUGGUGGCUAAGGCUUACAAUGGAACUGUAACGAAAGCAAUAUGGCCGUUUUCUGCCUCGACUUCCUGGAAAACCGAGAAAUUCAUUUUAAAAAAAGUGAACUCUACAGAUACCAAGGUCCAACUUGAGCUCGAGGCAUCCGGAAAUGUUGAGUUAGACAACAUAACAACUUUGAAUUCCGCCGAAUGUUAUAGUCUAGCUACGCCAUGUGCGAAGAAAAAUCUUAAGAACGGAACAAUUUCUCCUGAGCAGGACUUGUACACUGAGGAUCAGGAGGUCAGUUACUUUUGCAGCAAUGAUUCCAUUUUGGAAGGGGGACUGACGGGAACAUGCAAAUCUGACGGUUCAUGGUCUACAACACCAGUGUGCACAAAAUGUGGAGUUGUCUAUGAUGCAAAAUGUUUUCGAGCGAUAUUUUAUAAAACGAGAAACGUCACAUCAAGCGUCGCUGAAACUCUUUGUAGAAACAAACUGGCUAACAUUUAUGACGUCACACACUACAACAUGCUUCGAGAUUAUUUACGAUCAUUGAUUCUUGAUGGAAAGUCAUGGAUUACUGUUCGUACCGGAAUGACUUACAAGAACGGUCAGCUGUAUACAACGACGGGCCAAGCUAUGACUCUGCCAACUGCGGUUUGGUCUCCUGAUACUACGGAUUCCGGUGUAUUGCACACAACUGUUGUUUUUGAGGUCGAUCGAAAUCCGAAAUAUCAAUGGAUUUAUAAUGAUUCUCCUUCCACUAAAUUUCACGGAGCCAUCUGUGAGAAUGAAUUAUAA